AUGCUGCCAUUCCCUCUGGGUUACCUGCAGCAGCAGCAGCCAUGCGUCCCGGAGCCCGUGGACUGGGAGGCGGCUGCGAAGCAGUACUCGGCCUACAGGGCCCCAUCCCAGCAGCAGCAGCAGCAGCAGCAGCAGCAGCCGGUGGAGGACUACGGGGGGAAAAGGAAGGGAGCGAAGAAGGGAUCGAAAGAUAUGUCCGAUGAAGCAGCCGAGACGGAUGACGUAGCGCCUCCAGAUGCCCCCGCCGCAGAAGAAGCCACAGAUGACUUGGGCUAUUUGCUGAGACAGGCAGAUCAAAACCCUUAUUCGUAUGAGGCUUUACAAGCUCUAGUGUGUGCUUUGUCCAGCGCUGGCCCCGACAGACUCGAAGAUUAUGAACAAGCUCUUGAAAGAUUUCUUUUUGAAUUUCCUCUUCUCUUUGGCUACUGGAAGAAAUUCGCAAGGCUGCAGUGCGACCCCAAGGGGGACUGGAACAAGUGCGAGGAGGUUUUUGAACGCUCGCUGGAAUUCGUGGGACACAAUCCCCUCAUUUGGGCUGCUUACUUCGAAUGGAUGAAAGACUUCGCCUGCUUGCCGCCGCACUUAGUCCGUGCCAGAAUGGACCAGGCCAUACAGCACGCCGGCGCCCACUGGAAGGCCUGGCCGUUGUGGCAGUGCAUAUUGGACUGGGAAGAAGAGGAGCUGUUUGCUGCUAGGGAAAAGAUUGCUGCAGCAGAACUCGGGGCCCCUAUCGAAGAGGCUCUGGGGUGUACAGACACUGCAGAUGGGGAAAACCCACCCAAAGAGGGCCUUAAUAGUCUUCUUGAAACAAACCGGCAGCGCAUGCAAACAGCGCUGCAAAGGCUGCGGCUGCUGUACUCGCAGCUGCUGCGCACCCCGCUGGAGUCCUCGGACUUAGGCUGGGAAAGGCUAAAGACACUUGUCGAGAGAGGCAGCCGCAGCAGCAUAAAGAGCCGAAGGGGCCCCCGGCCUGGGCUCGCAGCAGAUGGGGGCCUUUGUGGGGAUGGGGGCCCCAUAAAGGGGGCCUCCACUUUGUUUGAUGUCUAUGACCUCCUGGGGGAUGAGCUGCUGCCGCAGCUGCUGCAGCGGCUGCAGCAGCAGAAAAGCGCCACACUCGAGGAGCUGCAGCUCCCUGCAGAAGCAGACCACCCAACAGAACAGCCUGUUGCUGCAGACCCUGCUGCAGCACGAGCAGCAAUCAAAGAAAGAGUCUCCACUCUGGCCUCUCUCAACGCUGUGGAUCGGGAGUGCUGGCAGCUGCUGCGAGAAACUCUUGAUACUACUCUGGAGCAGGCAGCAAUGCGACUGCCCUUCGAGCGGGCGGUGAGCAGCAGCAGCAGCAGCAGCAGCAGCAGCAACAGCGACACCGGCAACAACACAAGCAGUAGCAGCAAGUGCAGCCCAACCACAACUAGCUGCAAAGUUAAGGAUCUCUGUCGCGGCCCAGUCGCUAGUGGCGCUCCCAACAGCGGCAGCAGCAAUGGAGAGACCAGCAACACGCACCGCUGGUUUUGGCACCCAGACCCUCUCGCUCCUCGCCGCCUUCAGGCCUGGAGGGAAUAUCUGGACUUUGAGGAAAAGCAUGCCCCUGGGCGCCUAGAACUUCUGCAGCGCCGCUGCCUAGAAGUCUGCGCCUCUUACCCAGAGUUCUGGCUGCGCUGCGCGCGGCAGCGGCGGCAGCAAGGACCUGAAGAAGCACUAAAGCUGCUGGAGUUUGGAGCCACCAAGAUCUUGAAAAGAAGAAGAGACAUGGCCUGCGUCUAUGCCUCCCAGCUGGAGGUCUGCGGCCGCCUCAAAGAAGCAGCAGAAGAGUUUGAGGCCCUCGUCAGGCCCCCACUAGAUGCUGCAUCAAUGAAGUACUUCAUGGCAUUGCUGCAGUUCUCGCUGCGGCACCCGCCCGACACUGCUCCAGACGGCCUCAGCCACGCGCUGCUGCUGCUGCAGGAAGCAGCAGAAAAGUACAGAGACAAUGCGCCCUGCGCUGAGCUUCUGCACCUUUACAGGGCCAAACUCGUUGCAUUUCACAGCGGAGACACCAAGCAGGCGCUGUGA